ACAGAAGGACAUAGUAAAUACGGAAAAGGAGUUACGUGAUACGGUGUGAUACAUUUCUAACACAACUUCGAGGGACCAAUCGCUUGGUCAAUGGAGAUAACAGAAGAUAGAAUUAAUGGGUUUUGUGCACGGACAUGUUUGUGUGUUAUUUGCGGCUUGCCUGCAGCAGGAAAGUCAACGUUUGCUCAAGCGUUCAACUCCCGAGCUGUAGAACGAGGAUGGAGAUCCACUCUUAUUUGUUAUGAUGAUUUGAUUCCCGAUGUUGCUUUCAAUGUGAAAGAAGUUGUGGAUGACGAAGCUACGUCACCAGCGCAAACUCAGUGGAAGCUGCACAGGCAUGUAUUGCUACAAUGCCUUGAACAAUUCCUGCGGAAUCCUGCCGUGUUACCGACGUUGCCCAGCAGCUGUCAGAUCAACAGAGAAGCCUGGGGUCGUCUUCUUCCGGUUGCCCCGGUCUACGAGACAUCGGUUGGGUCUCUUCAGGCUGACCCUUUGCCGCCACCCCUCGUCUUUUUACUGGACGAUAAUUUCUAUUAUCCCAGCAUGAGAUAUGAGGUGUACAAACUCGCCAGGAAAUACUUUCUGGGAUUCUGCCAAGUGUAUGUGAGCUGCCCUGUCGAGUCCUGUGUGGAAAGAAACCAGACGAGGCUCCAGCCUUUACACAGGGACGUCAUAUUGGAAAUGUCUAAGCGCAUGGAGCCUCCGGACCCUCAGAGAAACCCAUGGGAGCGGAACAGUGUCACACUGGACAGCACGGACCACAUCACCGAAGAGAACAUCCAGAGGUUGAUGGAGUUGGUCUCUACUGCUCUGGAGAACCCAACGAGUCCAGUCCAGGACAACACAGAGCUAAAGGAGGCUGACCGUCAGGUUUGCGUAUCCAGCGUGGUCCAUCAGGCUGACAAAGCCUGUCGCCGUCUGGUGUCUCGGAGCAUGCAGGCUGCCAGGGAUAACUCCUUACCUUCAGAGAGCAUGAGGUCUAUGGCAGCAGAGUUGAAUGAAUCCAAAACCAGAUUUCUCCAGAACCUGCGGAAAGAUGUUCUCCAAGGCCUUCCCCUGAACCAGGGUGGGCCCAUGGAUGUAGAAAGGAUGGUGAACAGAGCCAUCGAUGUCUUUGAUCAAGAGAAACAGGAAAUCACAGCAAGAUAUUUAUCUUGAAGAACUGAAGAAUUGGCUUGCGGCUUGCCUAAAUAAUUAUAAUUCUAUUGUAUAUAAUUGUCCCAUUGUAUCAUGUUAAUUUAUUUUAUUGGAUAUUUGAGAUUAAAUGAAUACACCA